AUGUUGCAAGAAAAAAUCACAAAUAAGUGCGAGUUCGAAACUCCAUGUUCUACGGAUGGAGAUUGUGGCUACAAAGGUAAGUUAUUAACAUUUACAGAUAAUUGAACGAGUUUUUAUAUCCUAGGAACUUGCAUUGGGGGGAAGAUUACAAAACGGUGUGUUUGUAGUUGCUCUAACUUUCGGAAAUGCGAACAUGAUUCAAGAUGUGGUUUGAACGGUGCGUGCGAUCUUCGUCACUCUUAUUGCAACUGUACUAAAGGUAAGUUGGAAGCUUAAUGCAAAUUAUUGCAUCUUUUUUCUUAGCAUAUCACGACCAUGGUCUUGGUUCGAUGGAAAAUGUACGAAGAAACUUUUGUGGCAAGAAACCAUGUUUAAACGACGAUGAUUGUUUUGGCUCGAUGUGCCUUCAUGCAGGAUUCUGUGUUUGCUCUAAAGGUUAA